UAUUAGCUAACGACCACGCAACACUCUCUCUUUUACACCAAAAAUCCCUUGAAAUGCUUUCUUUCGUCCCAAAUCCAAAAUUAAAACCCCGUUUUCCAUUAAAUUAAAUCAUAAAUCAAAAUCAUGAUUUCCCAAACAACAAUUCAAUCAAUCACCUUCACUCUGAAACCCUAAAAUUCCCAACCAAUUAAUAAAAGAAAAAAAAUGGGGAAUAAAAUCGCACGAACAACACAAGCAUCAGCAACAGAGUAUUAUUUACACGAUUUACCUUCAUCUUAUAAUUUAGUACUUAAAGAGGUUUUAGGUCGAUCACGUUUUUUAAAAUCUAUUCAGUGUAAACAUGAUGAAGGUUUGGUUUUAGUUAAAGUUUAUUUUAAGCGUGGCGAUUCUAUCGAUUUAAAGGAUUACGAACGUCGUUUGGCUCGUAUUCGCGAUAUCUUUAAUCGUAUCGAAAAUCCUCAUGUUUGGCCCUUUCAGUUUUGGCUUGAAACUGAUAAAGCAGCUUACUUGUUGAGGCAAUACUUCUUUAAUAACCUUCAUGAUCGACUAAGCACACGUCCUUUUCUCAGCCUUGUUGAGAAGAAAUGGUUGGCUUUUCAGCUGCUUUGUGCUGUGAAACAGAGUCAUGACCAUGGAGUUUGCCAUGGUGAUAUCAAAUGUGAGAAUGUUUUGGUUACUUCUUGGAACUGGCUUUACCUUGCUGAUUUUGCAUCCUUCAAACCAACCUAUAUUCCUCAUGAUGAUCCCUCUGAUUUCUCGUUUUUCUUUGAUACCGGAGGAAGAAGACGUUGUUAUCUUGCACCAGAAAGAUUUUAUGAGCACGGAGGUGAGAUUCAAGUUGCACAAGAUGCACCUUUACGGCCAUCAAUGGACAUCUUUGCUGUUGGGUGUGUCAUUGCAGAACUUUUUCUUGAAGGUCAACCGCUCUUUGAACUAUCACAACUUCUUGCAUAUCGAAGGGGCCAGUUUGAUCCUAGCCAACAUCUGGAGAAGAUUCCAGAUUCAGGAAUCCGCAAAAUGAUUCUUCAUAUGAUUCAGCUCGAUCCUGAAUCUCGCUGCUCUGCUGAAAGUUAUCUGCAAAGUUAUGCAGGUGUUGUGCUUCCAUGCUACUUUUCACCGUUCCUGCAUAAUCUGUACUCAAAUUUAAAUCCUAUUAAUCCUGAUUCGCGGGUAGCAAUGUGUCAGUUGUCUUUCCCAGAAAUACUUAAACAAAUGUUAAGCAACAAAGUGGAAGAGGUUCAUUUUUCCGAAAAUUCUCAGAAUCACAAACAGGGGAAACUACUCCAAACUAUCUCCAGUGUAUUUAAGAGAAAUCACCAUCCGUUUCUGAGGGAGGUUACAAUGAAAGAUUUGAACUCUUUAAUGUCUGACUAUGACAAUCAGUCAGAUACAUUUGGAAUGCCAUUUUUACCCUUACCAGAGGAUAACACGAGCUGUGAAGGAAUGGUUUUAAUUGCGUCACUCCUCUGUUCUUGUAUACGAAACGUCAAAAUGCCUCAAUUAAGAAGAAGUGCAGUCCUUUUAUUAAAGUCAUGCUCGCUGUACAUAGAUGAUGAGGAUCGGUUACAGCGUGUGCUUCCAUACGUUAUUGCAAUGCUCUCAGAUUCGUCUGCAAUUGUCAGGUCGGCUGCUUUGGAGACUCUAUGUGAUAUCCUACCAUUAGUUCGAGAUUUUCCUCCAAGCGAUGCUAAGAUCUUUCCGGAGUAUAUUCUCCCGAUGCUUUCCAUGCUUCCUGAUGAUCCGGAAGAAAGUGUAAGGAUCUGCUAUGCCAGCAAUAUAUCUAAACUUGCCCUAACUGCGUACGGUUUUCUAAUUCAUUCAAUAAGUUUAACAGAAGCAGGGGUUCUCAAUGAUUUAAGUGUAAACCAGAAGUCGCAAAAAAUAACCGGAAAAAAUGAUGCACAGCUGGCACAACUGAGGAAAUCAAUAGCUGAGGUUAUUCAAGAACUUGUAAUGGGUCCAAAGCAAACUCCAAAUAUUAGAAGGGCACUUCUAUUAGAUGUGGGUAAUCUUUGUUGGUUUUUUGGUCAAAGGCAGAGUAAUGACUUUUUAUUACCCAUCCUUCCUGCAUUUCUUAAUGACCAAGACGAGCUUUUAAGAUCAGUUUUUUACCGCCAGAUAAUUUAUGUUUGUUUCGUUGUUGGUCAACGAAGCGUGGAGGAGUAUCUUUUACCUUAUCUUGAACAGGCUUUAGGUGAUUCAACAGAGGGCGUUAUAGUCAAUGCGUUAGAUUGCUUGGCGAUUCUGUGCACGAGUGGAUUCUUAAGGAAAAGAAUACUUCUUGAAAUGAUCGAGCAUGCCUUUCCAUUGUUAUGUUAUCCAAGUCAAUGGGUAAGAAGGUCAGCUGUAACGUUCAUUGCAGCAAGUAGUGAGACCCUAGGUGCUGUUGAUUCCUAUGUGUUUCUUGUUCCACUUAUUCGCCCUUUUCUCCGUAGACAACCUGCAUCUUUAGCUUCCGAAAGCUCCCUUUUUUCAUGUUUGAAGCCACCAGUCUCAAGGCAAGUAUUCUACCAAAUCUUGGAAAAUAACAGGAGUUCAGACAUGUUAGAAAGACAAAGAAAGAUUUGGUACAAUUCAUCUGCAUCUUCACAGUCUAAGCAAACGGAAACUGAUGACAUGUACCAGAAAGGUGUUAGAGAAUUGGAUCAGAUGAAGAUGUGGACUGAUCGGAAGCCUGUUGGCACCACCUUGCAGUCAUUUUCGCUUGGCGAAAUGGGAAGCUUUGCUCGUACUGCUUCGGGUUCAGUUGAUAUUUUGGAUCCCUUAUUUUCAGAUAAGUUGAAGUUUUCAGGAUUCAUGUCCCCACAGAUAAGCGGUGCCAGUAGUUUAGUUGGUGAGAAAUCUUCAGAAGGCAUACCUUUAUACUAUUUCAAAUAUGAUAACAAGAGAGCAUCCGGAAAUGCUUCGUUUGCACCAGAAUCGUCUUUAACAUUGGAGGCUUUUGGUUCUAGUUCUUUAUCCACGAAUCAGAAGGAUCCUGUUAAUAGUCCCCCACAACUUCAUAGAGUGGUACAUGAGUCGGAAGAUAGAGAAUUGGACCAGACAGUCCAUGUCAGCAACAAAUUUCAGGAGCUAGGAGUCUCAAGCUCUAUAAAUGAUAACUCUCCCACCGAAAUUUCAGGAUUACCAUCUUUUGGUGGAACCCCUGUAAUUCCCGAUUCUGGAUGGCGGCCUCGUGGGGUGUUGGUUGCACACCUCCAAGAACACCGAUCUGCUGUGAAUGACAUAGCUGUUUCAACUGACCACAGCUUUUUUGUCACUGCAUCUGAUGAUUCUACUGUCAAGGUUUGGGAUUCUAGGAAACUGGAAAAAGACAUCUCGUUUAGAUCUAGACUAACUUAUUGUCUAGAUGGAAGUCGAGCACUCUGUGCUACAAUGCUUCACGCCUCUGCUCAAGUUGCAGUUGGAGCUUCCGAUGGCACAAUUCAUAUGUUUUCUGUUGAUUACAUCUCGAGAGGACUUGGAAGUGUUGUAGAGAAAUAUUCGGGAAUCGCUGAUGUUAAAAAAGUUGACAUUAAAGAAGGGGCAAUUCUUACACUUCUAAAUUACUCUUCAGGUGGUGAUGAUGGUAAAACAAUUCUUUAUAGCACCCAGAACUGUGGCAUCCAUUUACGUGAUACACGAGAAAACUCAAACUCAUGGAAUACAAAAGUGAUUCCCGAAGAGGGUUAUGUAUCAGCACUUGUGGCAAGUCCGUGUGGGAAUUGGUUUGUCUCUGGAUCAUCCCGAGGUGUUCUUACAUUAUGGGAUUUGAGGUUUGGCAUACCCGUGAACUCAUGGCAAUAUUCGGUUGCAUGCCCUAUAGCGGAUAUGUGUCUUUUUGUUCCUCCUCAGAGUACUUCGCUAUCUACAACAGUGAGGCCACUUGUAUAUGUUGCAGCAGGCUGUAAUGAAGUUUCUCUGUGGAAUGCAGAAAAUGGGAGUUGUCACCAGGUACUGAGGGUUGCAAGUACUGACAGUGAUACGGAGAUAUCUGACCAACCUUGGGCCUUGGCCAGACCAUCUAGCAAGACGAAUUCGAAAGCCGAUUCUAGGAGGGGUGUAAAUUACAAGUACAGAGUGGAUGAGCUGAAUGAACCUCCUCCCCGAUCACCUGGAAUUCGUUCAUUGCUCCCGUUACCUGGAGGAGAUCUAUUAACUGGCGGCACUGACUUAAGAAUUCGUCGAUGGGAUCAUUGCAGCCCAGAACGAACUUAUUGCAUCUGUGGUCCAUCUAUUAAAGGAAUUGGAAAUGACGAGUUUUAUGAAACCAAAUCCAGUUUUGGGGUGCAAAUUGUGCAGGAAGCAAAAAGACGACCUUUGGCAACUAGGCCGACUGGAAAAGCAGUUCUUGCAGCUGCUGCCACCGACUCCGGUGGCUGUCACCGUGACUCUAUUCUCUCUCUGGCUUCUGUCAAAUUGAACCAGAGACUACUGUUAUCAAGCAGCAGAGAUGGUACUGUCAAGGUUUGGAAGUAGAGGAUGUACUUAUAGUGGCGAUUACUUGUACAUAUAUUAGCAAUAGAGCUGUUCAAAACUUUAUUAUAGGUUUUUCUUUUAGUUUAGAAUGUUUGCUUACUGUCAAGGUUCUAAGCUCCUGUACCUACUAUAACUUUUAGUAACUUAUAUGACGAGUCUCUUGGUUUACUGUAUAGCAUGUAAAUUUUUUGCCACUUGGGUAAAUUGAUAUAAGUUUCUCUUUCA